AAAAGAGGGGAAAAAACGAACACUCGCCGACGGCAAGGCGAUCUAUCUCCUGACGCCACCACCUCCAGCCUCGAGAGUCCAGAUCCAAAUCCGAACCCUAGUCCCCACGGGCUCUCAUGGAUAAUUUCUUCAACUCCGUGUUCUCCGCUGCCGCCGCCGGCGAGCACGAGGAGGAGGAGGGCGAGGAGGAGGAGCGGGAGGGCGAAGCAGCGGAGAGGGACGGGGGAGGCGAUUCUGGUGGCGGGUGGAGCUUCGGUGGUCUGAUGAAGACACUCGCCGAGGAGAUUGAGGGGCAGCGGGAAGAGCAGGAGGAGGGCGGGCAAGGCGGCAAGGCGGCUGCGGAGGAGGUGCAGGGGGAGGAAGCGGGUGGCUCCGGCGGCGGAUGGAGUUUCGCUGGGCUGAUCAAGACGCUCGCGGAGGACUUGCCUCAGCGGGACGAGCAGGAAGCCGCGGAGGAUGAGGACGACGAGCGAGAAGCCGAGGCUCCGGAGGAGGAGGAGGUGGGGGAGGAUGGUGUUUCCGGCGGCGGGUGGAGCUUCGGGGGAUUGGUGAAGACGUUCACGUCGCGGUCGGAGUCGGUGCUCGAGGGCUACCGCCGCGACCUCCAGGACCUCGGGUCCGGCCUGCGGGUCGAGACCACGGCCCUUCGUGCAGCCGCUGCGCGGGCUGCGGCGGCGCUCCCUGGCGCGCUCGAGGCCGGUGCGUCCGUUGCUUCCGACAGGCUCGAGUCUGUCGGACAGGCUGUCGAUGACCUUGGGGCCGCCGCUGCAGGACUUCUCUCCCAUGCCAACGAGGCGCUCCGAUCCGUGGACGCUGAUGGCGAAGAUGGGACCGGCGACGGCUCAUCCCAACUCUCUGAGUCCGCCUCCGGAGCCUCCUGGCGUUCAUCCCUUCCAUCCAAGAAGUACACCCGUUUUGAGGCACAGGUUCUGGCGCUGCGUGCCGACCCUACCACGUUCACCGAGGAGCCUGAGGAUGUCGAGGGGUUCAGCAGGUGGCAGGAGACAUUCAGCGUCGAAGAGAGAAAAGAUGAGAUUGAGGGCGUCCUCCGGGAGAGUCCUGGGUUGGAGAGCUUCGUGGAGAGGCUUGUGCCGUCGGUGGUAGCCUAUGACAUGUUCUGGUGUAGGUAUUUCUUUGCGGUGGACAAGCUCAGGCAAGCAGAGGAUGUCCGCACCAAACUCGUAAGCAGGGCCAUGUCGAAGGAAGACGAGGAAGAACUCAGCUGGGAGGUUGAUGAUGACGAAGAUGAUAAUCAAGGUGAUCACAAACAAGGCACUGUCACAAUACCAGAGAAGAAAGAGGAGCAAAUUGAUGACUCUGUUAGCCAUGAAGCAGAGGUUGAGGGAAAACAAGAAGUUGUGAAUGAAAAAUGCGCAGCAGAAGAUCAGGCAAUGAUUUUUGCGGCGACAAAGGAUGAUAAUGGUGAAUCCAGCGGUGAGGCGUCGCCACCAAAGUCAAGCAAUGGCAUUGGGCAGGAAGAGAACACUGAAGCUGGCGACUUAUGUAAGGAGAGUGAUUUAUCACUGAUGUCUCGACCAUCAGUGCAGGAAGAAGAUCUUAGCUGGGAGGAGAUUGAGGAUGUUGACGAUCAAGGUGAGAAGAAAGGGGGGAGUCCAUGGUCAAGCCCUAGUAGCAAAGUGGAGGAUAUCCGAAAACGGUUUAACUCUGUGGAAGAUGAUGAAGACCUAAGUUGGGAUGUCGACGAGUAAAGAGAGAGAAAAAAUUGCGCACUCCUAAACUUUGUGCUCUAAAAAGCCUCAAGUUAAAGAUGUUUCCAUAGAUUUAACCUGUUUUUUCUCAAAUGGGAUCCUGGUAGUGUUCAUAAAAAUUCUCUUGGAGUUCUGUCAUACACUGUGAAUACUGUGAUGGUACACUGGCAAUUCAAACUCAAUGGGGCUGUAUUUUGAUUACUCCCACUGUAAGAACUUAACAGAAUGGUAGUGAUCUUCUGUUAUGGUUAAUAACUUCUUUGCGGUUAGUGUCGACUUA